UGUAUUUUGGUGAAGCUUUCGUAGAGUUGUUGACGAGAAUGAUUAGACACGUUCAUGUUUGUGAGUGGACCUUAACGAAUGGGUGUCCAGGAGGCGAGAUAGAUGAAAUAAGGAAAGAAUAGAAGAAUGAUAGAUAUAAUGAAUGCUCUCAGGAUAACCACUACAUAAUCACGUGUUUCAUAGCCAUUCCAAACACACUCCGCCUAGACCAAUGGAUGACCAGAAGGGUGAGAUCGGUGAGAUAAGAAAAGAGGAAAAUAAUGAUAUCUAUAAUGAAUGCACUCAAGAUAACCAUUAAUAAUAUGUUUUCUAGAUAGCCCAGACACCCUCCGCUAAGCCCAAUGGAUGACCAGGAGGGCGAGAUCGAUGAUAUAAGGGAAGAGGAGGAGAGUGAUGACGGUGUAGAGAUGAGCGAAGAGGAGGGAGAUGAGGGGUGGCAGGGAGGGGAGCCAGCACCCACCCCGCCGCCUGCCUCCCCCUCCCCGCCCCCGCCACCACCUCCAGCAGAUCCGCCCCAGCAGCCCGACCCUUCGCCCCCGCCCUCCCCCUCCCAGCCAGCCUCACCCCAGCUCUCCGCGUCACCCCAUGAGGAGGCCCCAGGUCGCGGCGGCAGCUCGUGGGAGGCGGUGCUGCAGACCCUGGGGCCAGAUCACCCGCUGCUCAGGGGCUUCCAGGAGGCCAAGAGGCGGCAGCUGCGCGAGGAGAAGAGUCAACUGCAGCUUCGCCUCAUGCAGCUGCGGCAGCAGACUAGUGACCUCAAGCGGGAGAACGUGACGCUGGGCUCCAAGAUGUUCGAGGUGCAGCAAGCCGUCACCAGAGCGCAGGUCAACCUUGAUAAAUCGAAAACGGAGCGGCGGCGGACCCAGGAGAUGGUGGGGGCGGCGCGGGAGGCCAUGGCGGCGGCGCUGAGGCAGGAGCAGGAGGUGGUGGCGGCCAUGACGGCGGCACGCAGGCACGAGGUGGAGAUGAAGCGCGAGGUGGAGCGACUGGGCAGCAGGGUGGCGGCGGUGAAGGAGGCGCGGGAGGAGAGUGACGGCGACGUGACCACCCUGACCCGCGUCCUGCACAAGACUGCCUGGGACCGCGCCGCCCUCGAGAAGGACAAGAUGCUUCAGGAUAUGCUGGUGGAGCGGCUGACGGGAGCGCUGGAGCGGGAGCAGGCCACGCUGACGACGCUGGACGAGGCGAAGAGGGAGGAGGCGGAGCUGGCGCGUGCCCUGAAGGAGCGGGCGAGGCUGCAGGAGGAGGAGCUGCUGCAUCUGGAGUGUGAGGGCGUGGGCGUGAAGCGGGCGUGGGAGGCCAACGUGGUGGUGCUGCAGAGGAGGUCAGAUGAGCACGCCCGCGCACAGGAACACCUCCAGCACCUGACGGCGGAGCGGGCGGGACUCAAGGCGCAGCUACACAACACAAGGAAGGACGUGAGGGAAUUGCAACUGGAACACGAACAACAGUCAUGCAGGUUGUUGCGGAUGGAGCGAGACGUGAGGAAGCAGAGGGAGAAGCUGACGGCGACGCGGGAGGAGGCACAGCAGCUGGCGGAGAGGCACGAGGACCUGGCGGCGGCGGUGGAGCAGCUGGAGACCCGGAGUGACGCCAUGAAGAAGGAGGCCCAGGAGCAGGAGCGGCUGAAGGAGCGAAUGUACAGCGAGGUUCGGGUGGCCACGGAGCGCUGGCGUCGGGCGGAGGAUCAGGCGCUGGCGAGGCUGGCGCACCAUACGGCCGCCACGCGAGCCGCCAGGAACCUCAGGCGCGCUGCAGCCGAGGCCCGCGCGAGGUGCCGUCAGCUGGAGGACGAGCUGGUGGAGAAGGAGCGGGGUGCGGCGGACGCGGCGCUGAGGGCCUCGGAUGCGCGGGUCAGCGUCUCCGCCCUCACCGCCACCAAGGACUCCGUGGCUUCCGUAGUGGACCAGCUGAACGCCACGCUUGACGGGCUGGAGAGGGAGCUGAAGAGAGGCCACGAGAAGGUCAGCACCAACGAGAGUGCCGUGGAUCGCCUCAACAAGCAGCUGGCCAAGGUGGUCGAGCUGGCGCAGGGGAGUGAGGCGCCCCCCGCCGAGCGUGAGGAGCGUCGGUUACGUCUGCUGCUGCACGACCGCGCCAGGGAGUGCGCGGCCCUGGAGGACGAGGCGCUCACCGUGCACCGCCACCUGCUGGAGGCGCGGGAGGCGCGUGACAUCCUCACCGAGAAGAUAUCACGCCUCUACCAAGAGCUGAGCGCCAUGCGGAGUCGCCAGGCGCGGCUGGAGGGCGGCGUGCAGCAGGAACAGGGGGCGCUGAGGGAGGCCGAGCGGCGGCGGGAGAGGCUGCACCGCGCCCUGGCCACGGUGGACGCCAGGCUGCACCAGGAGUCCCAGCUGAGGGAGGCCGCGUCGAGGGAGGCCGACGCCGCAGAGACGCACCUUCUGGCCAAGCUGAAGGUAUGGGCCGUCACGCUGUUGUCUCGUCUUCCUCUAUGUACUGUUUCCUCUAUGCUGUUUUCUCCUCAGUCACGUAGCAGUUUUAGUACUGUUACACUGUUUAGCGUCAUUAUCACUGUUGUUUGUGUUUCCCUUCAUCAUCUUCAUUCAUCACUACCAUAUUGUUCUCUUCAGCAAUGUUCCCAUCACUGUUCUCGUCCUCAGGAGCUGGAGCAGGAGGCGGCGAGGAAGGGCGCCGAGCUGGAGAGGAUGAGGAACAAGAAAGAGGAGAUCGAGGGGACGCUGCUGGCUGCGACGCGGGAGAGGACGGAGUGGGAGAAGAGUCUGGCCGAGCUGAGGAGCAUCCAGGAGACACUGAGGAAGGACUUGGGAACGGAGGGCGACCUGCACGCCAUGAAGACGGAGAUCACUCGUAUGCAGACUCGCUGGCGCACGCUGCAGACCACGCAGAAGGAGCUCUCGGGCCAGCUGGAGCAGUGCGUGUACGUGGAGGCGGCGGUGAAGACGCGCACGCUGGCCACCGUCUCCAAGCUGCGCCGCGACCCCAACUCGGCGCGCGCCACCACGCUCAUGCACGAGGAUAUACUCAGGAGGAAGCUGGCCAAAGGGAGCAAGAAACUGUCCGAAAUCGAGGCCGCGGUGGGGUCGGCGCGCACGGAGAAGAACCGGCUGAGCGAGGAGGGGCAGCGGCAGGAGCGACUGUACGCCCACAACGUGCGGCUGCUGCAGGAGGCCGCCACCCACCUCGAGCAGAAGCUGAUCAAGAAGCAGGAGGAACAGCUUCGGCUCCAGGAGUGUCGGGCAAGACUACGCCACCUGACGGCGGUGCGGGAGAGCAGGUACAAGAUGCUGGCGGCGGCGGGGGAGGAGGCGCAGCAGGCGGUGCGGGAGAGGCUGGCGGCGCGGGCCCUGGCGUACAGUGGGGUGGUGGCGCAGCUGGAGGCGGGCUACCCUCAGAUGGAGAUGAAGCUGCGCAACAUGAAGGCUCUGCUGCAGAACUUUAUGGAGUGACCUGCUAUCUCCACCGCGACCCACUCCCUCCCUCCCUCCCUCCCUCUCAACACCAUGCAGGAUUCCCUUACGCCUUCCCCCGCCACGCCCUCACACCAUUCCCAGCCUCCACCACCACUACCACGUACACACCAGCAUCACCACCUACACCACUACAUACGCCAGCACCAUCACCACAUACACCAGUACCAUCACCACCACCACCAACACCACUACAUACGCCAGCACCAGCACCACCACUACAUAACACCAGUACCACCACCACCACCACUACAUACACCAGCACCAGCACCACAUACACCAGUACCACCACCACCACCACCACAUACACCAGCACAACCACCACCACCGCUAUUCACAGGUAUAUCCUAUCCACCGCACACACAACCACCACCACCACCAUCCUUAUCACAAACGCACCUCUAUUUUUUUCGAGGAACUAUUUUCUUACCAUAACUCUGACUCUGCCGCACACACCGAUAGGCGGGACGUGUGUUUGUAAUGAAGAUGAGGCUGUCGUGGUUAAUUC